AUGACCUCGGACUCGAAUCUACAUCGCCCAACCGAGGCUCUCAUCCUUCCGACCAAGCGACGGUUCUUCCCGUUCAAGAUCCCCAACUUUCACACACAGCUUCGCAACUACAUUAGUACUGCUGAUCCCGAUCGCAUUUAUGUCGUCGUCGAGAGAAUCGUGUAUUCAAUACACAUAUCGGAACAAAAGCGCGAAAGUGUAGCUGUGAUCCCAUUUGAGCCGCGCUGUCUGGUCGCUGGACAUGGUUGGAUAGUAGUGGGGGGUCCAGAAAAUGGUGAAUGUGCUUUCAUUCACAUCGGUGAUUGUGGAAUGCAAGUCCAUGGCGAUGCGCCUUUCCAGGCCGAUGUGGAUAGUGCCCUCCCGCUCGAUCUUGACCCACCGUCAAGCAUGACUUCGCCGGGCGAUUUCAGUGGCGAAUCUGCCUCAGCCCGCUAUCGAAGCAGCAGAUUAUCACCCGAAGUAGAGCUCCACAGAUUUGGUGGAAGCAUUGUCAAUUCAGUGGCCAUCCAUCGUUUCUAUGGCGGCAGUGAGGAGUUGGCGGAUGAAGAUAUCGUGGUUCUGAGGUGCGCGCAGGUCUCGGAAAAUCGGUAUAUGCUGACUAUGCUAACUCAUAUGGAUAGCAAUAAUGAUCGGACAGUCACGGUGUAUUCUCUGACUCGCGCAAAAGUCUUGAAGGUUCUUCAUCAUCCGACUUGUAUGAAUUAUGCGACAGUUUCCCCGGAUUCUAAACUGCUCACGGCCGUAGGGGAUGAGAAUCACGCCUACUUUUAUGAAAUAACUCGUGAUUUGGAAUCUUCUGGGACAACUGAAUCUGGGCAGAAGCUCACGGGGUGGGAAUGGGAGCUUAUCAAUCGCCUGGAGAUGAACAUUGGCUUACGGGCGGAUGAUGCGUGCUGUUUCACUGUCGCUUUCUCGCCAUCCAGUCGCUUGUGUGCUAUCGGAUCCCAAUCUGGAAUCAUCACGGUUAUCGACGUCGAGUCUAUCUACAGGAACUUUGGCGACUCGGACGACGACUCCCCUAUUCUCUGUCAAUUCCCGACGUCAAGAUCAUGCGCGGAGGGCGGUGCUGUUCGUUGUAUGAUAUUUUCGCCCGAGCCAUGGGACCUUCUUGUAUGGCUGGAGGGCCACGGCAGAGCCGGCGUUGCCGACGUUCGCCAAAAUUUUCUGCGCAGGCAAAUCCUCCAUUUAGAUUCUGAUGAUCCGCAAUUGCAGGAAGUGUACACGGACCUUUCGACAGAGAACUUCGAACGACAACCCCUGAGCGAUGAUCUUCUGGAGACGAUACCUCGAGCGCGACUCGACAACGAAGAUUUCCCGGCCGAACGGCACGGAGAGCAAACGGAGCGGUCGUCUCUGCGAGAGUCUUUGAUUCAAGAUCUUACCGAGAGAGAAAGGUUGAUCAUGGAGUUCUUGAACACGGCACGCUGGACGUCGCGACUGGAAGAAGGACUUACUGAACGACCAGAGCGCCCGACCAGGGCAAGUCUUCAACCUCAACCAGUGGCUCGACCACAAAAUCAGGGUUCCACAGAUGGUGCCACUCGCACUCAUCGUCCUACUUCGCCCCUGCAUCGCUAUGAUUCUCCUGAUGUCUCCCGAGAUAGCCAUCUGGGCCGCACUCUAUCCAAUCCAAGACGCCAGAGCUCUGUGGUGGUAUCUCAAGGGAGUCGACCUUCGGAAGCCACGCCCUCUCAUCAUGAUCGCCAAUCGGGCAUCACCCUCAGUUAUUCGACCUCGCAUUCAGAACUUACACCCCUCAGGUCAGAAAUUAUCUCUCGGGCUGGGGCCGAUCCUGAAGCGACCAACAACGAAACUAGCAUAUCAAAUGAGCCGACUGGACCUUCUAAUCCAAGUCUAGGCAUGCAUGGCCUGAACCACCGAUCCCAGCAAGCAAGCUCCAUUCCCCGGCGCGUUGAACGACCACAGACCGGAGCGGAAAGAAGAUACGACACCUCUCGCCUCACCACAUAUGAGAUUCGUGCCAAUGUCGCUGCUGAGAGGCUUCGGCAUCAGCGCCAGAUUGCUAAUGAGGUACACAACCGCUCUUUUGAAAGGGAACAACGGCAUCGCCAACAGCUUCUCGGAUUUGAGCAGACACACUCUCCUCGCUGGAUCAGAAACAUAAUCAAUGAUCUCCCUGAUCGAAAUUCAAUGCAUGGCCCCGGCGCCGAGGAGCCAGAUUCCACUGCUGGAGUUGGAUGGGGCGCCGAUGGACGCACAUUGUGA